AUGGCCGCCGCCUGUUACGAGAAGGAAGUGGUGGUAGGUGCCGCCAUUCACCACGGACACGGGCAUCACCAUCACCACCAUCAUCAUCACUAUCAUCAUCAUCAUCACGGCAGCGGAGUCUCGUCGUCCGUCGGCGGUGUGUCCGGUCAGACCGUCUACAAAGUGCAGGAGUACAAGGACUACUCGCAACCACUUCACGUGGACUGCAGCGUCGAAUACGAGCUGCCGAGUCAGGCUAAACCGCCCCCCGGCGGCGGCGAACCCCUCCUCAUGAUCCAUCCUUGCUACUAUCGACGCGCGGAGCGCGAGAGGAGGAGUCCCUUCGUCAAUAAUCUACCACCGCCGGCGGCGCCAGCAACGGCGCCUAUUGCCGCUUCCCGUAGAAGCGGUCGCAGGAACGCCGCAACAGCAUCAGCAGCCGGUGUUACAGCCGUGACAGCCGUCGCAAGCGCGGCCGCGGUUUCCUCUGCCACGACGACGGUUGUGCCGCCGUCGAAUAACAAUAUCGUGUCCUCCAACGUCGUGUCCACUUCCGUCGUGUCGCCAGCGACGUCGAUCGUAUCGUCCACGGUCGCUGCGGAGCCCGACACCGGAGGCCUCGUGUCCACGAGCGGUCAGAUGUCCGCCGUUACGGCGGUGUCAUAUCGCGCGGCGCUCAACGUCGCGGCCACGUUGUCUCAGCAGCAACAGCAGCAGCAGCAGCAGCAAUCACAGCGGCGUCAUCAUAUCCAGCAGCAGCAGCAACAACAGCAGCCGGGUCAUCAUCAUCACCAUCACCAUCACAGGAAUCAUACUCAUGCUCAUCAGCAGCCACAGCAGCAGCAGCAGCCGCAGCCGCAGCAUCACACUCAGCAACAAUCGCAACAACGAUCUGUGACACCAACGGCUUCCGGUACCGCCGAUCUCAUCUCCGCCGAUGAGAAAGCGGUCAUAUCAGGUAUUUAUCAGCAUUACUUUCGCGCGAUGCGCGCUAACAGUCACCAGCAUCGCCAACAGCAGCAGCGUACCACCACCACUACCGCUCAUCAGCUCCAUCACCAAAGCGACCGAAGUUCCUCCUCUUCGUCAUCGGUCACGUCUCCGACAUCUGCGUCGAUUUCUGGCAUUUUACGUCAGACUUAUCAGCAGGCGUACAGUAACAUAGCGGCCACGAGCUCGAAUUCGAACAGCCACCAUCGUGUCGCUACGUCGUUGGUUUCGGCGGUCGCGCAUCAUCCCUAUAGACGGCCGUCAGCGACGUUGCUUUCGCGGACGGCCUCGCAUAUCGGCCAACAGGCAUCCUCUUCCUCGUCAUCAUUCUCAACGUCAUCAUCAUCUUCCUCAUCCACAUCAAUUUUCGGUGCUUCCAAUGGCGUAUCGGCCACGACCGGUGUAUCCAGCGUAUACGCCAGCACGAUACACAGGCAUCACGCGACUUCCUUACACGCUCUUCAGGCCGCCGCUAGUUUCUACGAAACGCCAAGCUAUCACGCUCUCCUGCCGCAAAGUUAGACGGCAUCCAGGUAUUAUUCGGGUGGUUACGCGAUAUUGAAUGCUCACGCGUGAAUAACAAGAUUAGCGUUUAUUAUGCGCGAGCCGAGGGUUUACGUAUAUAAACGCGACUUGAGUCUCGACCGAGAGAUCGCGAUUUUUAUUUUUCGCAUUUGAAUUUCGAUUUCUUAUCAUCAGGACAAAAGACGUUAAAUUACACGCGCAAACUUGAUGAAGAUUGACAAAACAUUGAGUCAAAAAAAAAAAAAAAAGACAGAAUUGGAGCACGGCGUUUCUCGUUUUUCAAACGUCGCGUGUCAAUUUAAAAAACUGUUAAAAAUUAAAGACAAUAAUAUUUUGCUAUGUACAAGUUAUUAUUUUUAUUUUUUUUUAUGACGAUAUUUUUGACAUAUAUAAUAUUCGUUGAUGUUACUAGAUUGAUCGAACAUUCAAACACGCGUUUGCAAAAGCAGAACAAACAUUUAUACGAUGUGCUCGAUUUUCUACGAAAAAUCGGGAAUUUUUCAACGUCUCUUUUUUUUUUUUUUUUUUUUUGUUCGUAGCUUUAAGUCUCCGUUAAGUCUCGCGAACCGAUAUUCACGCGCAGAAAAAAAAAAAAAAACGUCGUAAUACGCGUCACGGUCUUUGGAAAGGCUUCUUUGGACGACGUCGUCGGACUUCGUGGAUUGGGGGUGAAAAAUGAGUUCGUUCGUGACGCGCGUCGUUGUGAGGAAAAGUUUCGACGUGUUUCCGACUCAAAGUCUCGAAUGAAGACCGUUAGUCUUUUUUUUUUUUUUUUUUCGACGAAAGGAGAGACGAACGUGAAUGCUUCCGUUUCGUAAAAUAAAAUCGUCAGAUUUUCAAGAACCACCACCUGUGCUUCCCUUAUUGAACGAGAUAUCCACGCGUUAUAUCCUUUCUUUCGUCUUUCGCCAUUCCCCUUUUCAUUGUUCCUCGUAUCUUCAUAAGCAAGCUGCCUGUCCGCUGUGGCCGAGCGAUAGUGCACACCACGCGCAUGCAAUCUUUAUAGUUCACUACUAUUAUUAACUCGGCCUUAAAAAAAAACAAGUGACGUAAACUGCCUCAAAUUAUUAACAUAUAUAUAUAUAUAUAUAUAUAUGUAUAUGUAUAUGUAUAGUAAUGUACAAGAGCGGCCCGGAAACGGACGGCGCGGUCAGAUUAAGUGUCCGGGAAGAGUUGUGUGCGAGCGGGACUCGCUCUGGCGAGGUCGGUUUUCGCCGACUGUGCGGCGCAAUUUCAUUCACCAGUAGAGAGAACGUACGACGCUUUAAAAAAAAAAUUUGUAAAUAAUAUUAAUCCCUGAAGAAACAUCGAUGACCUCGGGAUCUCCGCUCGAGAAUGGAUUCGCGUUCGUUUGGAUGUGUGCGUGUGUGUGCGCGCGCGCGCGCGCGCGUAUGUAUGUAUGUAUGUGUGUGUGUGUGCGCGUGUCGCCAAGCGCCGCCGUUCGCAGCCGGGUCAUUUUGUACAUGUACGAGCUAGAGCGCCCUUAUUACUGACUGAGAAAAGCCUAUAUCGUGUAAUGUAUAAAAUUUGAAUAUUUGCAAGUAUGCUGUGUAUCGUUUAAGCGUGUGAGAUAGUUCAUAUGCGACAGGAGAGAGACGUUCUUUGUUUUUUUGUGAGAAAGGUCCGAGACCGUUCGGCGAGAUCGAAACAACACACCGCGAAUUAGACGCGAAUUGAGCGAAAAAUUCGUUUACGUUAUAAUUUUGUUCAAAUGCAUAUUUUAACAAACCGAGAUGCCAAAACGCUAUUUUUAACCGAGUACUGUAAUAACAAAGAGAUAAUUAAGUACUCAUUUAUAUAUUUUCAACCGUAAUGUUUUUUCCAAAACAUUCAGUUUUAUCGACCUCGUACGUAGCGAGUAUAAAAUCUGUACGAGGUGUCAAAUGGUAUCGAAAAUAUUUUAAUAACAUUUUAAUGAGUGUAGUGUAUGCCGCAUUCUUCCACAUCUGACAACAACUUUGACUUUCAUUGUGUGUGUAACCGUAAUUAAGAAAUAAUUUCCGAAGAGUAUGUCAGAUGAUGAUGGAAGUGCGAGAGAACUAUUGUGUGAGGCGCAAGAAGCGGCCCGCGGGAUGAUGACGGAAUCGGCGAAAGGUUAAUGACGCGAACCAACGAGUGUUGCUCCGGCAGAAGGUAGUAAAAUUCCCUUGGGGGCCUCGGAAAAGGGUCUCACAAUCAAGGAGUUCAGUUUUCUGUUCUCUCGAGACGAUCGAUUGAAACAUACGUAGAAUUCGUCGAAGGUAUCUCGACGUUUUUUUUUUUUUAAGCCUCUCGCCCGUUCCGCUUCCUAAUUAACAUCGUUACUUUAAUGAACAUUUAAGCAAUUCAUUUCCUUGCUGUGCGAGGCGGUGCGAGAUAUCGCUAUCGCUACUCCCGGACAGAGUUAACUCCCUCUUGCGGAAUUACGUUUCGAUUUCGUUGAACGGAAGUGCGUAUCUGACGACGGCGAAAUAGCGCCGUAUGUUCCUAACUGACGAGAAAGGGAUUACAGACACACACACGAGAACUGUGAGAGAAGAAUAAGAAGGGAAAGAGAGAGAGAGAGAAGAAAA